AUGUAACAAUAACAUCAAUCAACUUCCAUGGCGUCGAAUGGUUUGGAAAACAAAGAAAAGCUUAGGAGGACACAUCUCUGUUUUGGUAACGAUCCCCGAGAGAAAACCUCCUCCUACCGCCGAGAUUAUGGUCCGGAUAGUCGAUUUCCCGUACCACUCCCCCCAAUCAUGCGGCAUUCCGAAACACCAGUAGAGGUACUGCCCGUCACGGAUUUCAGCACAGAGAGUAGAUUCCUGACAUCAAACAACCAGUAUUUUAACUUGUACAAUAAGAAUAUUUCUGAUACGAUACGUCAAUGCUGUCUACGGGAUUUCAAUAUCAACAAGGCCUUACACGGAGGGAGGGGCGUGAUAAACUAUCAGGAAAAACUCACGCCACUGACCAGGUCAAAGAUAGACUACAGAUUGGUCAAACAUGAGACGGGCCCAAAUAGCCAGAAUAUCAUCCGAAAAAUCAAAGAAAAGUCUAAGCCCGUCAAGUUGAAUAACUUUGAAUCUGCCGAUGUCUCUGAGGCAAUGCAAGCUUAUCAAUGGCCGUUAGGGCACCAGCUUCCCCCAUGGAUACAUCGACGAAUCGGCGCCAAGUAGUUUAAUAACUGUAUAUUUUUUUGAAUACCCUAGUAUUUGAUAUACAUAAUAAUACAAUUCAUCCUUUUUUAUUUGCAAUAAA